AUGAAAAUGGAAGAAAAGAUAGAGAAAGAACGAGAAAAACAACUUGAAAAGGAAAGAAAGAAAGAGGAAAAACAAAGAAAAAAAGAAGAAAAGAAAGCAGGUAAAGCACAUAGUCGGGGAAGUAGUAAAGAACAAUCUAUUGAAAGGACAGAAGAAAAACCAAAAAAUUUAAUCACAUCAACAAAAAUUACAAGAAAUUCUAGUAAUAUCAAUUUAACAGGAAGUUUUAAAGAUAUUUAUUCAAUUGGAAAUGUUCAUGAUGGAACAAUUAAUGAAGUUACAUUAGCAGUACCAAAAAGAUCUGACUCUAUGGGAUCUAUUAAAAAGAAAAAAUGGGGAUUUUCUUUCUUCCAUAGGGAAAAGAAAGACAAAAAAGAUUCAGCAAGCCAACAAGACUCUUUCAAUUCACAUGACUCUGAAAUGUAA